UGUAAUAUGUUAUAAAGGUUUCUAAUGUUUAUUUUGUAUUUGUAUAUAUCAUUGCUGUAAUUAGAGAUAAGACUUUUAUUUUGAAGCCUCCACUGAGCUGCAUGUUUGAGAAGAACCUUCUAGAAGAAACACGGAGAAGUAACACGAGGAAGACACACGGAGAAGCAGGCAGAUGCAGUUACGCGCAUGUCUAAGAGUUUAAGUAAGAAAAGAUAAGAAGAUUCCUUUUCAAGAGCAUGCAGCCAACGAGUUUUCACGGUUUGAUGUGGAGAACAAGACUUCAUUAAAGACCCGUGGAGGAAACCAUUUGCUGUCUGACUGUGCUUGGGAGGGAGUCACAGUGAAAACUCGGACUGUUCGUCGACGCAAGUGGGCGGAGCAGCAAGAAGUGUCAAGACUAGAGCUAAUCUCAACGUGGUGGCUACGGUGCUUGGAACGAUCGUGCAGAUGAGUCGAAAUCACGCACUUUCACACAGUUGAAGACGCACACACACACGCUGUUUGAGCAUUUGUUUGAAAGCAAAUCCAUAAGAAACUUGGACAUUAAUAAGAGUGGGCUAAGAAGAGGGCUUUGCUAAAGUUUGCUUAAAGGUUUAUGUGUGGGUUGAAGUACUGUUGUGUGAGUGAUGAAUGAAACUUAUUUGCUUAGCAUGUACAACUGAAUCUUGCCAUUUACUGUAUAGCCAGUUUUAAGAAGCUAAAGGCUUAAAGUUGUAGGCUACAUACUUUUUCGUUUUGAAUUUCUAAUAUAUUGAUUUAAAGUGUGUUUUGUUGUUAUACUAAGUGAAGGCUAUUUUUCAUUUGAUGUUUAAGUUCUCAAUAAGUGUUCCAAGGUAACCGAGAUUUAAUUUAUACAUUUUCUAAGUGCAUUUACUGCUAUUGAUUAUCAUAGCUUAUGAUAAUAUUUUCAGUUUAAAUAUUAAAACACUGCAGAUACACACAUUUAAUACAGAUUUAAGUAAGCUUUAGCAAUUCAUCCAGACAUUUAUUAUACUCUAGAGUUAUUUUAUUGACAUUUACAUGUAAGUUAGGAUAAGCUAUUCAAGACCCUUUGAUAAUGGCAGAGCCUAGUCAGUCUUUAACUCAGGUAAGGGACAAUGUUAGGGAUAGUGAAAAUGAGCUGGCUGAAGAUCAAGCUAGAGACACUGAAGCCCAACCAGAGGAAGUGCCUCAGCCAAGACGCAGUGAACGGAUCCGUAAUCUUACAGAAAAAGGCAAAGAAAUGCAGGACAAGAAAAUUAAACCACUGCAACAAAGAUUUAACUACAUUUACCAAAAAUGGAGAACACAAGUUAAAUCAGCUAAGCAGGCAUUAUCACAAUCAUCAGAGCCAUUAGCAGACGGUCUGCUUCAUGAUAUCAUUGGCGACACCAGAGGCCUUUGUGCAGACGUCCAGCGUGUUUAUGAAGAGCUGCGCAGAGUCACAACACCAGACUGUGAUAUGCGUCGAAGAGUGGAUCGGUGUGUAGAGAUUUCCAACUUCAUCGUGUCCAAAGCUGCGAGUCGUCUGAGUGGGAAGACGCCAGAGGGAGAAGAACAAGAUUGGCCAGAUGCAAGCUCUCUUUGGAACUCAAGCACGAGUGAAUCUGGAACUUCCUCCUCUAUCUUAAAGGGCGCCUCAGAGCAUUCAAAGAUGUCUUCUGUGAAACAUCAAGAAGCUGCCGCCGACGCUGCUGCAAGCCAAGCUGUUCUGGAAGUGUUGCAAGAACAAGAAAGAGAACAAUUGGAAAUACAGCGCCUGGAAGCAGAGGUUAAAAGGAAGAGUGCUGCUCAAGAGGCCGCCGCUCUAAAGCGUCGUUUAGAGCAAGAAGCAGAAGAGGUGAAGAGAAGAAUAAGGAGAGAAGACGAGGACGCUGAAAUAAAAGCUGAACUGGAAGAAGAGCACACAGCUAUGCAAAGAACUCUUGAGGAAAGACGGAGAAGAAUACAGCAUUUGGAGGCCAUGAAGGAGCUCAGUGCAGCACGAGCAAGAAUGCAGGUGUACAACCAAGAACCAAAAGACAUCCUAGGCCAUGGGUUGGUUGCAGAUAACCAGCUGCGGAGCCCCACAAGACACCUGCCCCUGCCUGUGUUUCCUGCCCCUCAAGCUGUCACAACUUCCUCAAGUGAAAGCACAACAGAGCUUGUCAAGGUCCUUGCAGAUGCUUUUAGUGCCAACAGAAUCCCAGUUCCUGAACCUUCAGUAUUCAGUGGCAAUCCAUUAAAAUACAGUGACUGGAAGCUUUCUUUCCAAACUCUGAUAGACCAGAAGAAUAUUCAAGAGAAGGAGAAGAUAUACUACCUCCGUAGAUAUGUAAGUGGACAAGCCAAGAGUGCACUGGAUGGCUAUUUCCUACUUGGGACUGAAUCUGCCUAUGUGUCUGCAUGGGAGAUUUUGGAGGAAAGAUAUGGAAACCCAUUUACAGUUGCAAAGGCAUACAGAGACAAACUCCAAGCAUGGCCCAGGAUCGGCACUAAGGAGAGCUUCGAGCUCAGAGAGUUUGUUGAUUUUCUCAGAAGUUGCGAGGCUGCAAUGGUCCACAUCAAAGCAUUGGAGAUUCUAAACGACUGCAAUGAAAACAGAAAAAUACUGUUAAAGUUACCUGACUGGCUAACUGCAAGAUGGAAUCGGAACGUCAUAGAAGCUGAAGAGAAAAGCAGCAAGUUCCCCUCCUUUAGUCAGUUUGUCAAAUUUCUGAUAAGAGAAGUGAAAAUCGCUUGUAAUCCAGUUACAUCUUUGCAGUCACUGAAACAAGGUGAAAUUGAAAAGCCAAAACAACAAAGAUAUCAAAGUGUUAACGCAAAGACACUGACUACAAGCUCCAAUGAAGACAGUGUGAAAACCUGCACUUUCUGUAAGAAGACUGGGCACACUUUGCUCAAAUGCAGGAAGUUUGUGGAAAAAGCCGUCUCAGAUAGAGUAAAGUUUGUCCAAGCUGAAAGGCUGUGCUUCGGUUGCCUUAGGCCCGGUCACCUCUCAAAGAGUUGCAACAAAAGGAGUGUUUGCGACACAUGCAACAGGCGCCAUCCUACUUGUCUGCAUGAAGAGAGAGACACAGGCCUACAAAGAGCACCACAAGUCACACAAAGUCCAAGUCAAGACAGGUCAACUACAAGGCAGGAAUGGAGUAGGGAAAGGCCCCAAGCAACACAACGUGAAACAAUUGCAGUAGCUACUUCAAAUAGAGUAAUCCUUAAGGAAAAUAAUAAACAAACAUCUGCAAUAAUUCCUGUUUGGCUGUCAUCUGCAGCUCAACCAUCACAAGAAGUACUUACAUAUGCUCUUUUGGAUUCGCAAAGUGACACGACCUUUGUUCUCAGUGAAGUACAUCGGAAUCAGCCAUCGCAUAGUAGUGAGGCAAGUGACACCAGGAGUUAA